AUGAGCGUUAGAGCAGUGAUAAGGAACUCCUAUGGUUGUCUCUGCAGCGUGGUGGCAGUGCGUGCUCCUAGCCAAAUAUCGAUACUGGCUACUAAAUUUUAUGCUCUAAAAAUUGGAAUAUCCUUUGCGGUGGAUGCUUCCUUUUCUCCACUCCUAGUUGAGUAUGAUUCCUUGAGUGUUAUCCAAUUGCUUCUUAAAGAGGAGGCCUGCUACACAGCGGAAUGA